AUGAAUCCAUUCUAAUAGAUUCCCACUUUAGCAUAACUUUAAUAUUGUCCCUAAAUACAAUAAUUGUAAUAACUUUAACAGCUACAAGUAUAUUCUUAUAUUAUUAACCUUAGUAUUUACAAUUACUAUGUGCACUCUAAAGCAAUUUUGCUAACUAAUAAAAUCUAUAAAUACCAUCACUCAAUCCUCUAUAAUAAAUAUCUCUUCUUUCUUAAUCAUCUCAAAGAACAAUACCAAUAAUUUAAUAACCUGACAUUCGAACAAAGAAAAGUCAAUCAGAAAGAGUUUUACCAAAACAAAAGAAAGAGAAUGAAAUACUGAAAUAAUUUACAUAGGAUGAAAUACUUUAAGAACUCAAAUAAUUAUUAGAAUAUCUCUGUAAGGAAGAAAUUAAGGUAUUAGAGGAGAAUGAAAAAAUUAAAUAUAAAGUAUAUACAAUUUUGAUAAAAAUUACUUUAGAUCUUAACUAGAAUAGAUGAUGGAUUAAUAGAAUCAUUGAUCAAUCGAUAUUAAAAUCAAAAAAAGACAAAAGAAGAAUAAAUCAAAUUUAUUCUAAGGAAGUGCUUUAAAUUUUUGAAAUAAAAGAUGAACUUAAAUGAAUUAACAAUGAGCGCUUAUGAAAUUGAGAAAGUUUUCUACAAAGAAUAUUUUUCUUCCAAUGAUAAUAUUGAAGAAUUAAUUCCCUUUAGAUCUGAAUCAUCUAAUAAAACUAUGAAUACAUCAUAUUUAAAGAAAAUUUUUUCUUCAGAAAAAUUUUAUGAAGGAUAUCUCUCUUAUCUUGGUAUUUAAGAUUAUUAAAUUUAUAGAACAUUUUGAUGAAAUAUGGGAUCAAGAAAAUAAUGAAAAAAUUUAAAAUAUGGCUAAAUAAGUUCUAAAAUUUAUUGCCUCUGGUUAAAUUGAUGUAUUAAUUGUUUCAAUUUUAAAUAGAAAAUAUCUACAUACAAGAGAGUACCUUGGAUUUUGUCAAUGAAAUAACGUUGCUAUGAAUUGGCUGUUUCGUUUAAAGCAUACCAUGAAUAAGAUGAAACUUGCAAAAAGGUUAAAUAAGAAUGA